AUGGGCUUGCUGUGGAAGCAUCAUUUUCGAGGCAGGAAGCUUGUCUUCACAGUCACGGCGGCCUCCUGCCAGGCCUUCCUGCUGCUGGGAUACGACCAGGGUGUCAUGUCUGGUAUCAUCGGUGCCGAAAAUCGAUUCGCCCGGGACUUCAACAAUCCGGAUCCCGAUAUGCAAGGCAAUAUCACCUCUCUGUACAACAUUGGACGUGUCGUAGGCUCAAUUAUCUCCUACUUCAUCGGCGAAAGACUUGGUCGGCGGAGUAUGCUCAUGUCCGGAGCCACAAUAAUGAUCAUUGGUUCGAUUCUCUUGGGAGCGUCGGAGAACCUUGCCAGUCUACUUGCUGGUCGCAUCAUCACCGGUAUUGGCAACGGCAUGAACUCAUCAACAGCACCCGUAUAUCUUAGCGAGUGCGCUCCAGCCAGCAUUCGUGGUGCUCUCCUGACACUUCAAGGGACGGUGACAAUCCUGGGGGUUGUCAUUGCAUACUGGACUGACUAUGGUACCAGUUUCUACGAGUCUUCCUUCCAAUGGCGAUUCCCGCUAGCCUUUCAAGCGUUCUUCGCCGUCUUCAUUGUUCUCCAGAUCGUCGGAGUUCCUGAGACACCUCGAUGGCUUGUUGCACGCGACCGAUAUGAGGAAGGCAGAGACGUUAUCGCUGCUAUUUAG